AUGGUACUUGAGACGCUGGUGAUAGCUUGGCCGAACUCGGACGACCCGUCCAGAUGGGAGCGACAUAUUGAAAGCAUCACCAAGUUGCCAACGCUGGAGCAGCUGCGGACGUUCUUGGAGGGACGCAUUCACUCCGUCGAGGGGCUAGAACAUCCACGAUCUGGAGGCUCGGACGACAGGAAGGGAACGACCGCGAAAAGCGCUGGAGUCCGUCAGGUAGUUCAGGGUGCUGCUAACGUUUGCCAUCUUCGCAAGGGCACGCAGUUCCCUCUUUACUGUCCUCAAUCUAAGAAGCAGACUGCCGCUGAGAGGAAGAGCACAGUGAAGUCCAGACAGCUAUGCACCAAUUGCCUGGGCAAGCACACUUUGGAUAAAUGCUCCAAUACCAAACAGUGCCAGAGGUAUUCUGACCGACACACGGUCCUGCACGAGGCCUAUUUGAGUGAGGAGACGGCGCUCUUGCAGCAUGCGGCUCUUCCUCGACCACGAGCUAUGUCAGUAAUACUUAGUACCGCAAGAGUGAUCGUCGAGGGUUCUGGAGGUGCGAUAGAGACGGUGCGGAUCCUCAUCGAUCCUGGAAGUGAGGUGUCGCUCAUUACAGAAUCCCUGGUGCAACGGCUAACACUUCUCCGUAAAGACGGCAAGAUUCCUCUGCUUGGGGUAGGAGGGUCACGCUUUUGCGUCAUAAGAGGACGCGCUAUCUUGCAGUUGACUUCAACCCUGCCUCAGGAAUCAUGUGUCCGGAUUGAGACUUACACCUUGCCCGAGUUGUCUUAGUUGCCCUAGUGCCACACCGACAACCGGGGUUGGCACUACCUGAAUGAGAUCACCCUCGCGGAUCCACGUUACUAUGAGCCAGAUCCGGUAGGAAUCCUUCUAGGUGCGGAUGUUUACAACCGGAUCCUACAGCGUGGUAUACUGAAGGGCGAACUCACCGAUCCCGUAGCUUAGGAGGCUCAGGAAAUUAGGGUGGGUCUUUAUCCAGACAGUCACUGCAUCCUCUGUUCGUAACUCGCCGUAAUCACCACGCUGUGGACCGAAAUUUAUUUGAUGCGCUGUCACGCUUUCGGGACCAGGAAGAAGUAAGGGAGGAGAUCCUAUUCACCACUGAAGAGCAAGCCUGUGAGGAUCACUUCCUGACGACAUACCGACGAGCUAACGACGGAUGGUAUGUGAUCCGCCUACCGUUCCUCGAGACACCACAACUGGGUGACUCUAGAGGCACAGCAUUGUGCUCUCUGAGGUUCGUGCACUGAAGCUUUGUAUGGGAUCCGCCGUUGAAGAAUGCCUAUCGUAACUUCAUGGCGGACCACGAGCCGUGCUAUUACCUAUCCCAUCAUGGAGUAAUGAAGACCUCUAGCACGACUACCAAAUUUAGGAUGGUCUUCAACGGCUCUAUGGCUACCUUAUCGGGAGAUCGACGUUGGAGCUGCAAGCCAGAAGCAGAGGAACGGUCAUACCACCUCACGACCGUUACCUAUAGGUUGGCCUGUGCUCCUUACCUGACGGUUCAUUGCCAUCAGCAGCUGACGUUUGGCCCUUGUAGGGCUGGACAUUUAUAUGGACGAUGCCUUAUCAGGAGCGCCCACAUACAACCAGGCCCGCUCUUUACAACAGGAGUUGUACCAGCUGCUCACGGUGGGCGGGUUUAAUCUGAAGAAAUGGGCAUCCAAUGAGCUGAGCCUGAUGAACGACGCCCCCGGAGAGAAGACCCUGCAGCUAGACUCCCACGAGUUGGCACAUGGAGUCCUAGGGCUGCAGAGGCUUCUAUCUCCCAACUACUUCCAGGUCGCCGUCACAGAGCAGCCACCGGCAAUAAAUAAUUCUGCUACGGGCCGCAGAAACCACCGCAGAAAGAGUAUGGGGAAUUACUGUAACGCAGAUCAACGUGCCCGAUUUCGGAUGAACGAAUACCCGGGAGCUCGGUUUCCUCGGCAAACUUACCGACCUAAGGAACAACUGAAAUAGCCGGGACUCCUCCUAUGGAAUCUUAGGAGCUGGGGAAGCGGCUGGUGGAGAGGGAGCGAGGCCAGUACAACGACUCGUCUAUUAUCAGCACGCACCGUGCAGAAAGGGAGCUGGCGUAUUCAGCUCCUUAGCUGGGACGCGUUCCUUUUGUUCUUUAGUUUAGUACAGCUAGAAUUUUUUGUACUACGUAGAUUAAGAUUUCGUUGAAUAAAUGUUCCCUUUUGUUAUCUUUGAAA